CGAGAGAAAGUCACAAGCCGUCCAUCACUGCGCGGUGCACAAAGCGCCAGGAGCGAAGUGGUCGCUGCCUGUGAGCUUUAGUGAAAAAUCCUGAUUUGCUUGGAAAGUAACACAAUUCAAGGGCCGCCUUGCAUAAAAGUGUACUUGCUCUAUGAUCUGAUGCCACAAAUGUAGCAGCACUCAGAGUGAGCUUAAUUCCCAUUGCAGACUGAUGCGACUGGGAAUGAAAGACAACCCUACCGGCCGCCUGGCAUUCACCGGAGGGACCCGCAAGCGUCGUGCUGCGGCAUCAGGACGGUCGGACUCGGGUUAAACCAGUGGCGGCGCUCCUUACACCAGAUAAUCGUUCCACUGGAUCUUUUUUUAAAUUGCUCGCUACUGUUACUCAGGAUUUGAAAACUCCACUGUUGUUUUUUUUCCCCACUACAUCAGUGGAGAUUGAAAAAGUUUUCUGCAGGUGACCUAAAUACAGAAGAGGGACGAAGGAGCACAAACAAGAUUUCGGGCUUGCUGGUAACAAAACCUCGAAAGGGUCACUUCAACCACUGUGUUAACAAGCUGACUGGUCUUUGGGACUGAAGUUCUUGCUAAACAACAAUCAGCCCUCCAUCCAGGUCAGUGAGGUCUUUUCUUCAGGCCACAGUGGACAAAUUGCUGCUCAAAGAUGUCUACUACAUCUCCCACUCACACUGCGUCCCCGACCAAGGUCUUCUACAGCCAGACCACCCAGACGGAUGUGCUCAAGCCUCUUCUCGGCAGCCCAGGCUCUCAAGGCUCGAAUACCACAGCAGCCCUGCGACGUAGAAGACGUGUCCUAUCUAAAGAUGGCAGGAGCAACGUUCGUAUUAAUCACAUCAGCGGCCGCGGUGCCCUCUACUUGCGGGAUCUGUGGACAACUUUUCUAGACAUGCAGUGGCGUUACAAGUUUUUCUUCUUCUCCGCAACAUUUGUAGGCACCUGGUUCCUGUUUGGGGUUUUGUGGUACCUGGUGGCUCUGGUGCAUGGAGACUUGUUGGAAUUUGAUCCACCUUCCAAUCACACUCCUUGCGUCAUGCAGGUUCAGACCUUGACUGCAGCCUUCCUCUUUUCCCUGGAAUCUCAGACCACAAUUGGUUAUGGCUUCCGCUGUAUCACAGAGGAGUGCCCUGUUGCCAUUCUUCUUCUCAUCAUUCAGCUGGUGAUUACAAUGGUGCUAGAAAUCUUCAUUACAGGUACCUUUCUAGCAAAACUGGCCAGGCCCAAAAAGCGCGGAGAGACUGUGAAAUUCAGCCACCAUGCCGUUAUCUGCAGCUACGAAGGACGACCAUCACUUAUGAUUCGCGUGGCCAACAUGAGAAAGAGCCUGCUUAUUGGCUGCCAGGUGACAGGCAAACUGCUUCAAAGCUCACUUACUAAAGAAGGCGAGACCAUAAGGUUGGACCAACGCAAUGUAUCCUUCCAGGUGGACACAGCCAGUGACAGCCCCUUCCUCAUUCUGCCACUGACUUUCUACCAUGUCAUCGACAACGAAAGCCCCUUUCGAGCCUGGGUUGACAAAGGAGGAGGCUGGACAGAUCCAGAACUCGCCGACUUUGAACUUCUAGUUAUCCUCAGUGCCACCGUGGAGCCCACCAGUGCCACCUGCCAAGUGCGUACCUCCUAUCUCCCGGACGAAAUCCUUUGGGGUUAUGAGUUCCCGCCUGUCGUCUCCCUCUCUCCAUCUGGCAAAUAUGUAGCUGACUUUUCUUUUUUUGACAAAGUGGCUAAAUCUCCAAACCCACCAGUUUUCAAGAAAGCUCCACCAAACACACCCAGUCCUACUCAUCACAGCCAUGAUGGCCAUCAUUAUGUUCCCUCCUCAUGCAGCGAGACCAUCAAUUCCGAGAAGAUGAGACUGGAGCAGAGCUACAGAGAGAGAUCAACCAGCGACGACCGGGAGAGAACCAGGGUUCGAGACAGCAGCCCACUGAGUGUCAGGAUCAGUAAUGUGUAGUCUGGAACACAAGCUUCAAAGCAGACUUCAGAACUGGAAGAACGUAGCCUGAACCUGCCUGUGUGCACGCACAUUCGUCCUUACACAUGAGUGCGGGGAUGCCUGCACUAGCACGCAUGCGGGUAGAAUACAAGCCCUCCUCUACCCACAACACACCUUCUAACCAGCAACAUAGGCCCCCAGGCAAAGUAGUGCACUGGGGCACCUGUUUUGAUAGCAGAACAUAGAAAUCAGAACCAUCGUGGGCCCCUAUGCCCCUGGGGCUCCCAGUCAGUGCCCAUACGUUAAGACAGCCCCGCUUUUAACGCCUAACCUCUCUUUACACCAAUUUUCAAAAUGUUGAUCUUAUUCUUUAGCAAAAUUGACAGCAGCUUUUUGAAAAAAAUGUUCAGAAAGAGGGGUUAAAUUGGAAAAUGAACACACGCAACACAUACUUCGUCUGGUAGUGUCUGGAGCCCAGCCCAGCUCUCUACUGUAGUUUUUACAAUGACUGCUCUGUGCUAACUCAAUGUUUAUUUCACAUUUGCCAAAAAACAGAAUAAAUAAACUACAGCUUACUUUGUAUAAGUUACAUAAUGAUAACGCCCAGUCAAUUAGUGACUCUAAUUAGUACUAAUGAAGCCUGUGAAUGGAAAAAAAGAUUGAGAAAAGCAGAAUGAUAUGUGAGUGCAAAGGUUGGUCACUGAAAUGAAUAGAUAGAUAGAUAGAUAGAUAGAUAGAUAGAUAGAUAGAUAGAUAGAUAGAUAGAUAGAUAGAUAGAUAGAUAGAUAGAUAGAUAGAUAGAUAGAUGUCCAGAACAUUCCAAUACUUGAAAGAUUUUAAAUCCCCAGGGAAUUGAUUUAGCUCUCUUUUUUUAAAAGAGAAACUACGAGACACCCUUACUUUGAAAGGACAAUAAUAAUAAUAACAAUAAUAAUACAUUUCCGAUGUGUCUCUAAAAGUCUGAAAAUGGUGCUUUUCAUAGAAAGCAAUGGCAAGAAAACGAGGAGGAACUGCUACUUGCUUUUUGUUAGGAUCGAGUUCUUUAUUAAAAGUAGUGAUGCACAUACUGCUGGCAGCGGGGACUUCUACAAGAUCAUCUGUAUUACUGCAGGUAAUCUUUGCAGGUUUAAUUGUAUUGUAUGAAAGAGGAACAACGUCUUAAGACGUUCGCUGUGUCCAAUAUUGUUUGGUUCCAUGCAGUGCUGUGGAACAAUGCACGAUACUUUAGUAACGAACUUAAUGUUAAAGUCCAAAUUUCACACACUCAUCUUCUGGUCCCUCGUCUUAGUUUGUGUUUUCUUAUAAAGAGAAUGGAUGGGAGUUAAGGAUGAAAUCAUCCAUCCAUCCAUUUUCCAACCCGCUGAAUCCAAACACAGGGUCACAGGGGUCUGCUGGAGCCAAUCCCAGCCAACACAGGUGCCAACCCACCGCAGGACACACACAAACACACCAUGCGGCCAAUUUAGAAUCGCCAAUCCACCUAACCUGCAUGUCUUUGGACUGUGGGAGGAAACCCACGCAAACACGGGGAGAACAUGCAAACUCCACGCAGGGAGGACCCAGGAAGUGAACCCGGGUACCCAGGUCUCCCAACUGCGAGGCAGCAGCGCUACCCACUGCACCACCAUGCUGCCCAGGAUGAAAUCAUUAGAAGAAAAAAAGUAAGGCGUAGAGAGCAUCAUUUCUUGUUCGGUACAUGAAUUAGAACGUUACAAAGUCUUAGAACAGGCCAUUCAGCCCAACAAAGCUGGCCAGUUCUAUCCACGUAAUUCUACUUAAUUAACAGUAUGACAAUAUGCGACAGUGUGGUGCUUUCGUCAGCACUUUUAUCUCAUGGAUCCUGCAUCGCUGAAUAAAGAUUCUGGUCAUUGUCUGGUGGAGUCUACCCGCCAUUUGUUACGUACAUUUCCUCCAUUUACUCUCGCUAUGUGUUUACGUUGGUAUUUAGUUAACUGCAUUCCCACACACCUUCUGAAACCCAUUUAACCAAAUUCAGGGUUGCUCCACUGGGUUCAAGGCAGGAACAAACCCUAGACAGGGCCUCAAUCCGUCUGUUGCAGGAAACACUUACACACAAGGUCAAUACAGAGAUGCCAAUUAAUCCAUCCUGCAUGUGUUUGGGAUGGAGAACGCAGACUCACACACACAAAAGGAGAAGGUGCAAACUCGACACCGACAAUGGUGCUUGAACUAUGAAGCAGCAUAUUAAGUUAAUUAGACAACGUGAAGAGAGUGGCUGUGUGGGUCUUCUGACGGAGUGACGCAGGUAGGUUCAUCCUGGAUUUACUGGGAUUGACACCAGUUUCAGUAAGCACUUUUACAAUAAAGCAAACUUCUAAAAACAUAGCAAUUCAAGAGAGUGCCAUUUGCCACUAAAUCCUCCGUUUCCUGUUUACUAAUGACAAAAUCUUAGUAAUGAAUACGUGUGACCUUCCAGGACCAAAACUGUCAUUCGCGCUUAUGACAGCUUUAUGCUCAUAUUUAAUCCCUAAAGAAAUGUUUUUUUUUAUUUAAGCGUUUUUGAAAUCUUAUUCUAAUAAAACACUUUGGCGAUUCAUUUUUCCCUGUUCUUUAAACACUGUGACUGCCAAUGAAUGCUGCUUGUAACGUUAUCUGUCACAUUGUUUGUAAGAUGAUGACAGCUCACUGUAGUCAGACUGACAUCAAAAGGCAUGCGCUUCCCGAGGUGUAGUGCUGAUUCCCUCGGCCUCCUGCAAGCAUACGGAGGGACUUGAGAGGACUAGCUGGUAAAAAUGGACGGCACAUUGUAUAUACUGAAGCAAAAAACCUGACUUAACAGUACUAGAUGCACUUUUCUAUUAUCUUAUAAUUAAACUUAGAUGUAUAGUUUGUUUUUAAUGAACAGAGUUUUAUUUUUUUUAAUGAUUAGUAUUUGACUAAUAAUACAUUUGAUUUUCCAAGUACUGAUUACCUGUUACAGGCUAGUUUUAAUAUUUCUGUGACUAGUGACAUCAAGAGCAUUAAAUGUGGUCUAAAAUGAAAAAAGGCAAAAAUGCACCUACCUGGAAAAAGUGAACUUAAUAGAAAGUCACAGGAUAAGCUUGAUCAUAAGAGUCUCCUCCAAAAUUAAUGUAAUUGAUGCUGCUUCUCAUUAACUGGAAUAAAUACAAGCACAAAUACUUUUUACAUUAAAGUUUCUGUAAAGGAAGAAUACCACUAGCUGGCUUCUAUUGCUUGAAACCAUUUAUAUAUUAUGCAAUUAUUUGCCAUUUACAAGUUAUUAUUUUACUCAAAAUUGCUGCCUUUUCAUGCUGUUAAAAACUGCAUUUUAGUCUAACGGUUACAAUUUUGUUAUUGCUUUACAAGAUGUGUUUUAAAUACAUUUUGAAUAUGCA